AUGUUCAGUGCAGAUAGCAGCAUUAGCAAGGGACUGUCCUCUUCCACCUCUUCGUCGUCAUCCUCCCCAAAACUCUAUGGCAAAGUUUAUUUUUAUGCUAAAAAAAGCAGAUCUGAAACAAACACGGAAUCAGUGGGUAACACAAAACAUGAAGAGAUUCGAAAGAUCGCUCUCCCACCCACAUAUCAAGAGUUUUACAACCUUAUCAUGUUGAGUCUUGCUAAGGAAACGAGCGAAAGACAGCACCUUAGUGACUCUCAUUUGGCUUUGUCUUCUUCGAGUAGUUUAUCCUCGAAAAGUGGUUUAAUCCUUAAAUACCUAGGUCAAGAUGAAAAUUGGGUCUCUUUUUCAUCUCAAGAAGAAUAUGAUCAUGCUUUGGCACUCUGCAAGAGUUGUCAAAACCAUUGUAUUCGUAUUCGAGUGUACUAUAAGAAGGGCCUUUUCAAAUCAUCGAGCUCACGAUCCAAGAAGUGUCUCGACACUCAUCAAUGCAUCCACAACUUGACAAUAUGCUCUGACUUUGAAGAACUCCAAAGACUUCUGCGUGAACACGCAUCUUCCAAAUCUUCCUCUAGCUCCUCAUCUGAUUCUUCUGCUCCCUCUUCCACCAAUUCUUCUUCCUCCCAAUCUUCUAAUUCUGAUCAAUUUUUUCAGUUUUGGUCAGCAAGCGGCUCUUCUUGUUUAGAAAGCAAAGCCUAA